GCGCACGUUUCCCUGUGACGCAUGCGCGCUGCCGGGGCGCGCUCAGGAGGGUGCGCGUGUUGCGCGCUGCGUAUCCAGAGACGCUGAUUACGAGAGAGACUGCGCACUGAUCCACACCGCAGAGACACGGGACAGAUUUACCACAACCGACACUGAUCUGGAGUAGAUACCCAGAGGAGAGCAAGAGCACUACAGACACGUCCACCUACUGACGUUGUGGGAUGGCGGUAAACGUUUACUCCACAUCGAUGACCAUCGAGAACCUGAGCAGACAUGAUAUGCUGGCCUGGGUGAACGACUCUCUGCAGCUCACCUACACCAAGAUCGAGCAGCUGUGCUCAGGUGUGGCCUACUGUCAGUUCAUGGACAUGCUGUUUCCCGGCUGUAUUCUGCUCAAGAAGGUGAAGUUUCAGGCCAAGCUGGAGCACGAGUACAUCCACAACUUCAAAGUGCUGCAGGCGGCCUUCAAGAGGAUGAACGUGGACAAGAUCAUUCCAGUGGAGAAGCUGGUCAAAGGGAAGUUUCAGGACAACUUUGAGUUCGUUCAGUGGUUUAAGAAGUUUUUUGACGCCAAUUACGACGGGAAGGAGUACGACCCUCAGUUAGCGCGGCAGGGUCAGGACGUCACACCUCCACCAAACCCAGGUGAAGUUUUCCUUUUCCACAAACCCAAGAGCCCCUCCAGAUCCUCAGGACCCCAGCGGACGUCACCGACAGCACCAAAAACAAUGCCCACCCCCCAGCGUGCCAUAAGCUCCACCCCCUCAACUGGAAUACGACGAAACACACCAAUAUCACGAAAUGGAGGCGACGCCGAGAUCAUGGAGCUCAACCAACAGCUGAUGGAUCUGAAAUUGACGGUGGACGGUUUGGAGAAAGAGCGAGACUUUUACUUCAGCAAACUCAGAGACAUUGAGCUGAUCUGCCAAGAGCACGAGAGCGACAGUAACCCCGUCCUGGGAAAAAUCAUCGACAUCCUCUACGCCACAGAGGAUGGUUUUGCGCCUCCAGAGGACGAAGAGAUUGACGAACAGCCACAAGACCAGGAAGAAUACUGAUCCUCCUUUUCCUCCUCACUUCACCCCAAUCUCUCUCUCUCUUUCUCUCUUUCGUUCUUCAUCUUUUCUGCCUGCUCUUCCUCCAUUUCAUCUCUUCUUUUUCUCUUUUUCACCACCCGCAGACUCGAGGGGCGUGGUUUAACAGGCUAAUAGAUAGAAUAGGGGGCAUGUCUAUGCUAAUAAGGUUUGAAUUCAUGCAGUGAAGCCGACGUUUGAUUGGCUUUGGUUGUGUUUUUAAGACAGCACUGAACUCAUGAUGAUGCAGUGUCACUUUCACACACACACACACACACACACACACACACACUGAUGUAGCCGAGGUUAUUAUUGACUGACUGUUUUUUUUUAUUAUUUGGGCUCCAAUUAGCUAAUUUAUUACACUUCAUGCUUAUGUCACUUUUAUUUGCGUAUCACGUUCUCCCUCAACUUUUGAAGGGUUUUAGUAGCAGUGGAUUAAGCAGAUUGUGUAUUAUUAUAACUAUUGGAAGUUUUAUUGUGCCGCAGAUAUAAAAAAAGCGAGUUUAAAUCUUGCAAUUCAGACUUUUUUCUUGCAAUAAUGACUUUUGGUUACACUUUAAUUUAAGGCGUCUUUGUUGAAGUGUAAAUAUUCAUUUAAGUACUGAGUAAUAUUAAUUAUGUGUACUUACUAUAUGGUUAGAUUAUGGUCUAGGGUUAGUUGAAUGUAAUUACUACAGCAAAUACCAUGAAUGUGUAACAAGGACACCUUAAAUAAAGUCUAACCAGACUUUUUUUCUCAGAAUUUUGAGAUAUAAACUUGACAAGAAGUAAAAUUUUACUUUUUUUACUCUGUUAAUUCUGGUAAAACCCUAAAAUGUUAUGCAAAUGUUUUUUAACAAUGAAAUAUAUCUCAAUUUCUACUUUUUUCUUGAACGUAAAUGCAGCAUAAACAUUAUUUCAUAAUUAGCACUUAUUUUUAAUAAUGCAAUUAUAUAAUCAUUAUUUUAUUUCUUGCAAUUUUGGGUUAAAAGUCUGAAUUGUGAAAUGAAAAAUUUGCUAUUACCUUUUUAAUUAUUAUUAUUAUUUUUAUUAUUUAAUAUAUUUCCCUAAAAAUCUGAAUUGUGAAGUGUAAACUUACAUUUUAGGAAGAGAAACGCGAGAUGUAAGCAGCUCUGGAAGAAAUUAAUAAUGUCAAGAUGCAAACUUACAAUUAUGACCUUAUAACUUGAAAUUGGGAGAUGAAAAAUAGGCUGGAAAAGUUUUAUUUACCUCCUUUUACAUUGAUUAAUCGGCAGAAAUGAGCGUCCAUUAGAAGCUUCACUAAUGAAUUCAAUAAUGAGUUCAGUUUGCUUCUCCAUUCACAAUCAGAGCAAACACACACACACACACUCUCCAUCACGUGAACUCUGAGUCUGUGUGUUUUGCUGAUGAGUCAUUAUUAAUAGUGCAGGUGUGAGAGUUUUAUUUAUUUAUAAAGAAGGAAAAAGAGCAACUAACACUGAAUGCAAAGAGAAAAAACAGACUUGGCCAUUAGUAAUGGUGACUCGACUGAUGAUAUGAAACCGGUUUUCUAGCUGCUAUGUUUUAUUUAACAUUUCAUUCUCUGGUAUAUUUUGAUUUGAUUGCACAGAGCUGUGUGUUGAGCUCUUCACUGUCUCGGCGGCUGUGCGAACGUUCGCAAACAUGCAUCCAUUUGGAGUUUUACUAUGUAAAAUAAAAAUGUGUGCGGGGAAUGAC